AGAGAGCGGGCGGGCGAGGAACAGCGACCGCCGCAGCCAGCAGCCAGCGUCGGGGGGAGAGUCAGUGGACCGCGGUGGGGUGGUGAGUGGGGACGACGGGAGGCGCAGAGCGACAUGGCUAGAGCGCGACGCGUUCGUCAGCUUCGCGGGGGAGGGCCUGGCACUGGCAGCAUUCAUUGAUCCUGCCGCUGCCGCCACCGCUGCUAGUGCUGCUGCUUACCAUAACUCGCUACUCUGCACCGCCAUCCACCUUCCACCACCGCGCUGCGACAGCAUUAACGUGCCGGAGGUAUAGCUAGCCUUGCGUUGCUUGGAGAGAGAGAGAGAGCGAUGGGGAUCGACCUCAACACCGUGGAGGAGGACGGGGAGACGGCGGGGGCGGUGUGCGGGGAGCUGUGGCACGCGUGCGCGGGGCCGGGGGUGGCGCUGCCCAGGCGCGGGAGCGCGGUCGUCUACCUCCCGCAGGCGCACCUCGCGGCCGGUGGCGGCGAUGCGCCGGCGCCGGCCGGGCGGGCGCACGUGCCGCCCCACGUGGCGUGCCGCGUCGUCGGCGUCGAGCUAUGCGCGGACGCGGCGACGGACGAGGUGUACGCGCGGCUCGCGCUGGUGGCGGAGGCCGAGAUGUUCAGGCAAAGCGUCCGUGAGCGUGGAUCCGAAGAGGGGGAGGACGAGAUGGCGGCUGGCGAUGGAGAAAACAAACCUCGCAUGCCUCACAUGUUCUGCAAGACCCUCACUGCCUCUGACACGAGCACGCAUGGAGGUUUCUCUGUUCCUCGCCGGGCUGCGGAGGACUGUUUCGCACAUCUGGACUACAAGCAGGUCAGGCCUUCUCAAGAACUCGUUGCCAAGGACUUGCAUGGCACGCAGUGGAGGUUCCGCCAUAUCUAUAGAGGUCAACCCCGUAGGCAUCUUCUGACAACUGGAUGGAGUUCUUUUGUCAACAAGAAAAAACUAGUCUCCGGGGAUGCAGUUUUAUUUCUUCGAGGUGAUGAUGGUGAACUGAGAUUGGGUGUAAGGAGAGCGGUUCAGCUCAGAAACGAAGCUCUUUUUGAAGCGGUCAACACUAAUGACUCAAAGUUGCACACACUAUCUGCUGUUGCCAGUUCCUUAGAAAAUAGAAGUAUUUUCCAUGUUUGUUUCGACCCAAGGAGUGGAGCGUCAGAAUUUAUAGUGCCAUAUUGGAGAUUCUCCAAGAGCUUAAACCAUACGUUUUCCAUUGGAAUGAGAUUUAAAGUUUCCAAUGAGAGUGAUGAUGCAAAUGAGAGGUCUACUGGAUUGAUUUCAGGUAUUAGUGAAGUAGACCCCAUAAGAUGGCCUGCAUCAAAAUGGAGAUGCCUGAUGGUACGAUGGGACGAUAGCACUCAUUGCAACCACCAACGUAGAGUUUCUCCGUGGGAGAUCGAGAGAGUUGGUGGUUCGAUUUCAGUCACUGAUUGUCUGUCAGCAUCCAGUUCGAAGCGAGCUAAAUUGUACUUUCCUCAAGGCAAUUUGGAUGCUCCAGUUACGGAUGGAAAUGGUUGUUUGGACUCGAUGGAAGCAGGAAACUUCCACAGGGUCUUGCAAGGUCAAGAAUUGUUGAUGGGUUCUAGGACUCAGGGUGCUGGGCGCUCUCAGUCACCCGAUGUGGCAAGGUUUCGACCUCCGGAUCACAUUCGGUUCUCCGCAAAUGUACGGAACUACAUCCCGCAGCAGAGCUCUGAGUUUCCCUACCAUUCCUCAGGCUUCGGCGAGUCAGUCAGAUUCUCAGAGGUCUUGCAAGGUCAAGAAAUGUCUCAAGCACUUCGCUUCUACCAAGGAAGUGCUUUUGACGCCCGCACGCAGCACGGCGGUGCUGGCCCGUUUGGUUACACGCAGCGAUCAGCGGCGCCGAUUGGAUUGUCCCCUGCAGCUCAAGGAUAUCCUCUCAAUCAGUUCACACCGUCGGCAGUGGCGGCGGCGAAAGUAUCUUCUCCCUCCUCUGUCCUGAUGUUCAACCAGGCGACGGUCCCGCAGUUCGACUUGGAAAGCAGAACCAGCAGCUACAUAGGUGCGUAUGGCGGCCAGUGUCGUCCCAUGGAGAUGGUGAGGGAGACGGAGAAGACUUGGCCGUGCGCACAGCGCCAAAGGCCAAGCGUAACGGGAACGGGAUGCCGUCGGUUUGAAGAAUGGAUAAAGGCCUCGACUCCUGCGAGCACUGACGGCAGUAGGCCUGGAUCGGCGGCUGCCAGAGACGUCGUCGUCGGGCGGAGCAACUGCAGGCUGUUUGGUUUCUCCCUGACUGAUCAGAAGGCAGUGGGAGGAGCAGGUGGGGAUGGUGGCGCCAAUGAAGGGAAUUCGAACGAUGAACAGGAUUGCGCCGACCCGCGGGUGCUCGACUUGUUCGGGCGCGGCCACCAUGCUCCUAGCGCUAUGCGUGCCAUCGUUGCUGCUCCUCUGGGGAUGUGAUGUUGACGUUGAUGUAGAUGCUGCUGUGCUUUGCGGGCGGGAGUGCAAUGGCCGUCAAGGUCUGGUUCCUUCGGCUGCAUUGUAGUGUCGGGCAAUUCGUGCUCCCUGGUUAAAGAAACCGUCUGUAAUUUCACCUAGGCUGCUCUCUUAGUUCUAGAUUCUAUUUAGCAUACUUGCGUGGAUCUUGAUGCUACCUUUUCUUUUCCCGGCAAACCUGACGCUCCAUGCUGCUUCUUAUAAAUAGUCGCCUUCUGAA